AAAAAACAGCUAACUUCAUAUGAUAGUAUAAUAUUAAGAAAAUUGUGAUGUUUGCGGCUGGUACGGCAUUGUUACUGCGGUGUUUCUCGACAUAAUUUUAUAAUUUAACCAAAUAUCUUGUGAAAAAUGUUAACUCUACAACCGAAAAAAGACGGUGGACCCAACACGAAAUUUUUUGAGUCCGCUGAAGUAUUAGCGCAACUUGAUGGAGUUAAGCAAUGGCUUUUGAAAAAUUGCAAAAAGUAUGUGACGACGGAUCCACCGACAAAUAAAAGUUUGGCUACGCUGAUUAUUCAGCUUAUUCAAUUUCAAGAAGAUAAUCUUGGAAAAAAUGUUUCAAAACCACCUAUGGCAAGACUUCCUAUGAAGUGUUUUCUAGACUUCAAACCAAAUGGAGGACUUUGUCACAUACUUGGAACAGCAUACAGAUUUAAACAAGAACAAGGAUGGCGAAGAUUUGAUUUCCCCGUAGGAAAAUCGACUUCACGAUUAGAUCGUAUAAUUGAAAUGCUCAUGGCUGCAGAGCGUGCAUUGAUACAGAACCGAUGUAUAACUGUCCCAUGUAUUUAUAUAAAACCUGAAGUAGACAAAGCUACUGCGUCAAAAGUUAAAGAAAGUAUUCGACGUCAUCAAGGUACAGUUGCUGAAAAUGAAGCUGAUGCAACGCACAUAAUUUAUCCACCUGUAGAUCCUAUGGAAGAAGAAUACGCACGGCCAUGUUUACGUCGUGAUCGUUCUGUGUUACUCCACUGGUACUAUUUCCCUGAUAGUUAUGACUCUUGGGUGAAUUUCGAUUUGCCAUUUGAAUUUCCCGAAGGUGGACUAGGUGGUCCACCACAAAAAUCAUCGUACAAAGUAUCGGCCACGUGGGCUUUAGAUCUAGAUCAGUAUAAUGAGUGGAUGAAUGAAGAAGACUACGAAGUAGAUGACAAUGGACAAAAACGUAUUCACAAAUUUAGAUUGUCAGUUGAAGACAUGAUGGCUCCCCCAGCAGCACCUCCACCAGCAUCAGCUAAGAAACAAAAACGAAAACGGUCACCAAGUCCUCCCCCAAAAAUAGGGAAACGUAAGAGUGGUCGUGGACCAGCCGGCUUAGCAGGAACAUCAGCAAUCGUGACACCUAAAAAAACUCGCGGUGGUAUAGACGAAGAGGAAGAUUUGACUCAGGGUAUGGAAGAUCCACCUGCUGAACCAAGGAUCGUUGAAGUCAUGGCCAAUCCAACGAGUGCUCCAAUUUCUGGAACCGGUGGUGGCUCGACAGGAAGUCUUACGUCGAAUAAAAAGCAAGACAGCGAACUUCAGCCGCUUAAAUCCGGUAACAUGGCAGAUCUUGAUGAGCCGAUUGAGUCAGAGAAAGGCUCCCAGGGGACACAAGAUCGUGAGGAACGAGAUACAAGUAAAGAACGUGGUGACAAUGGAAAAGAUGAGCCUGAAGACAACGUCACUGAACAAACUCAUCACAUUGUCGUCCCCAGUUACUCAGCCUGGUUUGACUACAACUCAAUUCACACAAUUGAAAAACGCGCGCUUUCAGAAUUUUUCAAUGGAAAAAAUAAAUCUAAGACUCCGGAAAUUUAUCUGGCUUACAGAAAUUUUAUGAUCGAUACUUACCGACUCAAUCCAACUGAGUACAUAACUUCAACAGCAUGCCGACGUAAUUUAGCUGGUGACGUCUGCGCUAUUAUGCGCGUCCAUGCAUUUUUAGAGCAAUGGGGUUUAAUUAAUUAUCAAGUUGACGCAGAGUCACGUCCGACUCCCAUGGGUCCACCUCCUACGUCUCACUUCCACGUACUGUCUGAUACUCCGUCUGGUCUCGCUCCAGUCAACCCUAAUCCUCCAAAGACUCAGCAGCCAUCCGCUGCAAAGACUCUGUUGGACUUGGAAAAGAAACCGGUUGUCUCAGUGGAAGAAAAAGGUGCCGUAGGAGCGAUGGCUAAUUUCGGAUUGAAAAUCGAUCAGUAUGCGAGAAAACCUGCGGUUUUGAAGAACAAACAGGCUGCUGGCGCUACUAGAGAUUGGACUGAACAAGAAACUUUACUUUUACUUGAAGGAUUGGAGCUGCAUAAAGACGAUUGGAAUAAAGUAUGUGAGCACGUCAGUUCACGAACCCAAGACGAGUGUAUUCUUCACUUCCUACGUCUUCCUAUCGAGGAUCCGUAUCUAGAGGAAGGCGGACCUGAGGGAUUGGGACCGUUGGCUUAUCAACCGGUACCGUUCUCUAAAGCCGGUAAUCCUGUUAUGAGCACCGUCGCUUUUCUUGCAUCUGUGGUAGAUCCCAGAGUAGCUGCUAGUGCUGCGAAAGCGGCCAUGGAAGAGUUUGCUGCUAUAAAAGAUCAAGUACCGGCAGCGCUUUUGGAUCAACACUUGAGAAAUGUUCAAGCCAGUGCUAAUGCUGAUGGUAAAUUUGAUCCCGCGGCAGGAUUAGCUCAGUCUGGUAUUGCUGGUACUGGUCCACCAGAACCACCUGAAGAUACCUCAGCAAGUUCGACUCCUGGUGCAACGGCGACUUCACCAUCUGCUGCAACUUCUGAAAGCAAAAAAGACGAAAGUAUUGAAAAGAGAGAAGGUGAUGAAUCGACUUUAUCUACACCAAUUGUUCCAAAGAAAGAGGAAGGAACUGAUGCUGAGAGAACAGAUCAAUCAGAGAAAAUGGAUGUCGAUGUAAAAGAGUCAGAUACGGAGGCUAAGAAAAUUAGUGAUAGUCCAGAAGAAAUUGAGGCGAAAGAAAAGAAAGAUAAAGUAGUUCGUGAUGCACAAUUGCAGUCUGCUGCAGCUGCUGCUUUAGCCGCUGCUGCUGUCAAAGCUAAACAUCUUGCCGCUGUUGAAGAACGCAAGAUAAAAUCACUCGUUGCUUUACUGGUUGAAACCCAGAUGAAGAAACUUGAAAUUAAGCUCCGUCACUUUGAAGAACUAGAGACCACUAUGGAGCGCGAGCGCGAGGGUCUUGAGUAUCAGAGACAGCAGCUCAUUACUGAACGACAACAAUUUCAUUUGGAGCAACUGAAAGCCGCUGAGUUCCGUGCAAGACAACAAGCGCAUCAACGACUAGCCCAAGAACAACAGCAGCAACAACAACAGCAGCAGCAGCAACAACAAGGCCAGCAUCCGCCCUGGCAACCGGGUUCCCAACCACAACCACCCCAGCAGCAACAGCAGCAGCCACAGCCGCAGCCACCACCUCAGCAGCAGCAACAGCCACCAAGUCCCCAAGCUCAACCCCAGCCACCACCACACACCCCACCACAGCAAGCGUAAUUUGUAUGAAUUUAAAUGAAAUGGAACUAAAAAAUUUUAAACAGUCGCAUAAAUAUUUUUUUUAUCUUUUAAUUAGUUAACGCAUCCAGCGUUGUUGUAAUAAUAAGUAAUUAGUUUAAUAAACUACGACUGUUAGUAUCGCAAUUUAUAAAAUCAUUCACUCGUCGCUAAAGUCAAAAGAUAACUUUUUUAUUUGAAAUUUUCAGUUUAUAUUAAAUAUGGGGCAUUUUCAUAAAACCACUUGGAGAUUAAACGGUUAAUAAUCGAAAGUAUCGUGACUGAUUUUAAACUAGAGUCUGGAUUUAAAUUGGUAAUUUUUUCGCUGGUUUAACUGGACAAAAUUUCUGAACGCGAGAGUUGUAUUGUUGUUUAAUCUCUAGCAGUAGUUUUUUAAAAAUGCCCAUAUAUUUUUUUGCGCAAUAAGUAUUACUGAUGAAAAAUAAAAUGAAUGAAAAUAACAACGGUCAUUUUAAUAGUUAUACGCUUCUGCGAUGACUAUCAUUCCGAUUGAACUUCACGUUUUACUUGUACACAGAAAAAAAAAUUUUUACUUGUGCUAAGAAAUUUUUUUCAUUAUCAAUUAAAACCGUAAAUUUUCUAGGGAUAAGAAAAAAUUUUUAGAGCGAGAAAUAAUUUUUUGGUGUAAAAAAUUUUUACUUGUGCUAAGAAAUUUUUUUCACUAUGAAUUGAAAAUUUGAAUUUUCUUGGGACGAGAAAAAAUUUCUUGGAUCAAAAAAUUUUUUUUUCUGUGUACAAAAAAAAAAUUUUGAUACUGGACGAUUAAUUAUUAUUGACCAUGAUAAGAAAAAAAAAAUAUAUAUAUAUAUAUAUUUAACACUAUGUCUUUGAAUUAUAAUUUAUAAAAUUUUUUUAAUUUAUUAAUAAUUAUAAAAAUUAUAAUAAUAAACAUUAAUGAUUGUUAGCAAUGAAGGAGUAAA